AUGAGUUCUUUUGGCAAGCCUAGUGGACCGAGUGGUCGAGGUGGCAACAGCAAUUCCGGGGUCACAGUGCGAUCCAAGUUAGCGGCGCCUCCAACGACGCAGACGACGGGAACACGCAAAACUGUUCACGGCGGAGCGGGCGAUGGAGGAACCGAUGCGGCUUGGAAGCAGCCCGGCCGUCGACUUGGUCCACCUUCUCGGCUGGUCCAGCCCACCAUAGCCUCAUCGCUGAGGGCCACCGCCAACAGGCAGACGGCCAAGCAGCAGUUCGAGCAAAAGGCUGUAAAACCUGAAGGUCCACCUCCGAAGACCAUGGAAACGGAGGUCAAGAAGCAGCCCAAGCAGCGGGUCAUGACCCCAGCGGCCAAGCAGGCGGCACGGGCCCGUCUCUGGCCAACCAAACCGGUGGGAGGCGGAGGUUUCGCCUCGAAUCUGCGCAAGACUAAACCCCUGGAGGAACCCAGUCCUUUGGUGGAUUACGAGUCCAUGCUGGAGGAGGCACAGGCUGAAAAGUCCAAGCCGCAGGAGCUCCUGGAGACGGGCAUCCAGACCAACGAGGCGGAGAUCCUGGACCAUAAACUAGUCCUCGGCGGAGUAAGGAUAGUUUGCCCCUCAGCGCAGUUGGUAGAGCAAAUUGAUCGGGAGCGGAAAGAAGUGAAGGCCAAGAGGGAGCGACAGUCGACGCGCCGGUUCGCAGACUACGAACAGCAGGAGGAACUGCAUCUGGACGAGCUGAAGGAGUUCUCCCUGCGCAAUGCCGUGACCAAGCGGACGCCCAAGAAGCCGCCGCCCAUCCAGUACGCCCCCUAUGACAACCAGUACCAGAACGUCUUCAAGUCCAUGGACGAUUUCUUCAGCCGGGUGCAGUCGUCGGUGCCCAAGUCGGAGUCCGUGACCAACAUCCAGGAGCGGAUCAAGCGCAAGGAGCAGGAGCUGCUGAGCCUCUUCGACAACGUCGACCUGAACGAGUGAACCGGAAACGAAU